GAGUCAUGUAAAUUCCAAUAAUGUAUAUGUCUCAUAAUAUUCUUAUCUACUUCAUGGUUCAUAAGGAUUUAUUGUAAUUGAAUUUUUUUUUUUACAGAAACACCAAUCAUCAAAAUGGCGUCACGACCUCCAGCACCAACCGUACGCACGAAAAAACAAAACCACGCCAACAUACCUUGCCCCAUUGAAAACUGCGCUCGAUUUACAUACGGGAAACUUCCUGAUCACCUCACUAAGAUACAUGGCAUUACAGGUGCAGAGAGAGAUGCACUAAACGAGCAACAAAGGAAAAGAUUCUUCAACGGCGAACUUUGUCAAGUGCGAUAUUUAAAAGAAUCCGCAAUAAGAGACCUCUGGGGUAGCGACUACGAAGAUCCAAGGAUCAAAGCCAAAAUUCACCAAAGCUACGCUCUUGUAAAAAUAAGGAUAAUACCGUUAGCAGCGACGCAAAGAGCGCGACCUUUAACAGAACAAGACGCAAAUGUUCUCACAGCGUAUAAUGCUAGAACAGCACCGAGACCAGCACGUGUUCAGCGGACUCGGGCAAGACCAAGACCGUACCCAGCUCCUGAAACCAAUCCAUCAGACUGCAGAGUAUCUAGUGAGUCCAGUGAGGAGGAAAAUUCCCGAAAUCCACUCCCACCAUCGCCUCCACCGUCUUCCCCGUCCCUUCCGCCGUCUCCUGCACCGUAUGAGCUGCAGCCUGUUGAAACUCGCCUUCGAGACAUCUUCGACACGAAAAUUGACGCUGGAUACAAAGCAGUGAUCGAUGACAUGAAAAAAUCCAUGACGAUGGGUAGAACGCUUGGUUCUAGAAAGCGUAAAGCAUACCGGACGUACCGAAGAUAUGCAAAACGGUUGAUAGCUUACCUUCACAGACAGCAUUCGCCUUUAGCCUAUGAUGUAGAUGUCUUACUAUGCGGUGAGAGACAAGUAUGCGAAUUCUUAGAACGCAUAAGCAGUGAGCAUAAAACUAAAACAUUGCGAAAUUACAUAGUAGCGGCAAUAAAAUUGUUAGACUCCCGUCUGUUUGCUAUUGAAACAGAUCCCUCUUGUAAAGAGAAGGUUGCUUCAAUGACAAGAGUUUACGAAGUGCUUCACGGGCGUUUGAAUGAGUGUGACAGGCUUUUGGCACAAAAGGAAGCAUCGCCUAUUCCUAAAAUGGCCACCACAAAUUUCGAUAGUGAUGUUAUUGAUCAAAGUUUUAACGAUAGUUAUGACGAAUUAGAGUAGAUUUUUAGGAUAGAAAUGAAUUAUGUAUAUUUAGGUGUAUCAAGUAUAUCGUUAUCAUCCAUAUGUGUAAAUGUGAAGCGGUAGAGGGCACUGUAAUUAGAUUUUCUAACACUACGUUGUAAAUAUUAUAUUUUAGCAAUUUAGCAUUCGCAAUGCUAUAAAGAAAAAUAUUCUUAAAAAAGUAUGCUUUAAAAUCCACUCAGUCCCUGGCACCCUGAAAUGGGUUUCG